UUCUUUUCCUCCCCUGUAGAUAAUCUUUAUUCACGUCACUCUCUACAUCUGGAUUAUCCAAUUCUUAAUAAUUGUUCGGCACUGAGUUCAGUUCCUCAUGCCAUUAUGAAACAUUUCAUGUUCAUUACAAUCCAUGAUUUAUCAAACACCAGUGGGCAAGCCAUUACAUUAUAUUUAUUUGACAAUUCUAUAUGAGAAAUGUUAGAAUAAAGGAUUGGAAAAUAGUGCUACAAAAAUGAAGAGCUUUUUCUUUCCUUCUGCUUAUCAUUUUUGCCACUUAAAUAUGUUGCUUGUUGCAUUUUUUGUUGUUGUAAAAUUUAACUUUUGUAAAAUUGAGUCUGUUUUCAUGACAGAAAAAAAUGUAGAAGGGAUAGUAACAGAGGGAGUGAUGGAAAGCAUGUGUGUAGGUCGAUUAUUGGUUAAGAAAUGCAGUUAGGGGCACCUGGGUGGCUCAGGGGAUUAAGCGUCUGACUUAAUUUCAGUUGAGGUCAUGAUCUCAGGGUUGUGGGAUCCGUUCAGGGCAUGAAGCCUGCUUGAGAUUCUCUCUCCCUCUGCCACGUACCUGCUUGCACGGCAUGCAGGAGCUCUCCCUCUCUCUUUCUAAAACUAACUAUUCGUUUAUAAACAAAUAAAUGCAGUUAAUCUGCUAGUCUGCCUGGGAUUUAAGGACUAAGACACUGGAUGGCUUCUGUGUGUGUGUACAUGUGUUUCCUUUUCCUUUUUCUUUUUGAAAAAGAUGAAAUCUAGUUCUUGGUUAGGAAGAGUUGAAUGUUAAGAACUGUGGGCCCACCCACCACCUGCACACCUGCACACCUGCAUUCUUCUCAUGAUUCCCCCCCACAUGCAUAUUGAGUGACAAAGAAUCAUCAUAUGGGUUUAGGCCUUAUAAUGUGAAGUAAAUAAAUCCCAUAUGGUCCCUGACAUCUCUUUCUAAUUAAUUGUAUUAGCUAAAUCUUUCUGUUUCACGUGUUCAUUUGGCUCCCUUAAGAAAAAGGGAGCCAAAGCCAUGUAUCAUGACCUUUGGAAAGACCCACAAAACAGGAUCAGAAUGAUUGCCCUGAGCCUCCAAACAAAGAGGUAACUUUCUGUAGUUUCUUUCUUCAAUACCUUCUUCUUUCCCAAAAGCAAAUUAGUAGCUGAUAAAAUAUGCUAUCAUAAAUGGGAACCUUUAUGGUAAUGGGGCUGCUAAGGAACAAUUUGCUAGGAUGGAAAGUCAAGAACUCCUUAUUCAGAGAUCACUUAUAGUUAUGCUAUUAAAACUGGGUGACUCAGUCAGUUACGCAUCCAACUGGAUUUGGGUUCAGGUCAUCAUCUCACGGUUUGAGAGUUCGAGCCCCUUGUGGGGCUCCACGCUGACAGUGCAGAGCCUACUUGGGAUUCUCUCUCUCUCCCUCUCUCUCUCUCUGCCCCACCCCUGUUCAUGCUUCCUCUCUUUCUCUCUCCCAAAAUAAAUAAAUAAAAACUUAAAAUAAAUAAAAUAAAACUGUUUGAGGAAGGUACGAACUCCUGAGUUCUAAAGGGCCAUGGUGAAAUGGUUUUCAUUGGUGGUCAAAGAAGUACAGGUGGGAAGAGUCCUCUUAGGACUCUGGAUUUCAACAGAUCAGCUAUGGUACAUAGAUGUCAGACAAAUUUUUCAGUAUUGGGCCAGCUGUCAAAUUUUAUAUGAUGUGUUUAAUUUGUGUUAGAAGCAACGGAGGAUGUGUAUUCCUACUUGGCAUACAGUAGAUGGAGAUUUGAGCUGAAGGCUUUGUGCAAGGUUGUACAUAGGUGCGUCCCAUUUGCUGUAAGGCAAAAAAGGGUAGUAUGGCAUGGAAAUGGCAUAUUUACAGGAACACAAGGGAUCUCUGUUAAGUGAAAGGAGUAACGUAGUCAAGUGUUCUAUUCAGUAAUGAAAGGGCACUGAAAAGGGGCUGAAGAAAUAGUAGAUACCUGUGAACAAAAUAUAAUCUUCAAGUUAGGUUGCAAAUUCUAGAACUUAGUGUGUGUUUAAGAAUAUAGAAGACUGAGCAUCACCAUCUUAAUGUUCUUGGAGAGAUUUUGUGGGAUAGAGAAGAUAGCUCUGGGAAGGACUGUUGGACACCUAAGACUAAGAUGAUGAGUUAUGUUCCUUUGAGGCCUCUUAUGGUUGUUCCAGUCCAUGGUCACCAGAGCUCUUGCCAAUGAAUGAUGUUGGUCAUAAGAAAGCCAGCUGAGUAGGGUAUAGCUUGGUGCAAACUCACAGUGCUUAUGCAUUGGGGAUCUAAGUAUGGGGACAUAAAACAGUAUAACUUUAUUUUAGUGUUCUGGGGAGAACACAGACAAAUACUAGGUGCCCUGCUAUGCAUACUAUACCAGGAGGUAAGUCCAUGACUCUAUGGAAUUACGUAGAGGGGUGCCUGACAUACUAGUGGCAUGGUGGGUGCCAGAGAAGGCUGCCCAGAGGAGAGGAAUUUAAAAGGAAACCAAGGAGAAGAAAUUAGCAGGGAAGAAUCAAAGGUUUGAUUACAGUGUGGAAAAUGCCUUGCUGAGGAAUGGAAUAUUUCAGACAGGAGGAAAAUUAAAAUAUAUACCAUAUUAAUGAAUGACAGUUUCAUCACCCUCUCCAGAGGACAAUUUAUUUUUUAUUAUUUUACUUUAUUUUUAAGUAACCUCUACACUCAAUGUGAGGCUCAAAACCACAACCCUGGGAUCAAAAGCCACACGCUCUACCAACCAAGCCAGCCAGGCACCCCAUCAUCACAUUUUUUUAAUGUUUACAGUAUGACUAGGUUCAUAGUUUGGUUUAUGUUAUGUGUAAUUAAGACCAAUUUACUUAUUUUCUCUCUUGAUUGGCUAAAAAAUGUUAUUCUUUAAAAAAAUUUUUUUAAAUGUUUAUUUAUUAUUGAGAGACAGAGACAGAGCAUGAGCAUGGGAGGGGCAAAGAGAGAGGGAGACACAGAAUCUGAAGCAGGCUCCAGGCUCUGAGCUGUCAGCACAGAGCUGGACGUGGGGCUCGAACUCACAAACAGCGACAUCAUGACCUGAGCUGAAGUUGGACGCUUAACUGACUGAGCCAUCUAGGCUACCCCCAAAAUGUUAUUCUUCUAAUUAUCCUUGGAUAAUUUCUUUUAACUUGGCUUUGUAGAAGUAAAAAGGAGUGAAGGUGUUGGUAGACCAGGGAGUUUUGCCCUGAUGAAAUGAUCCAAUGAUCAAAAACACCUGAGGAUCAAAAUCAGCAAAAUCAAAAGAUAUGCUGUCUUAAAAGAUUGGGUACAUUUGGUUCUUUGGGGAUGGUGUGAAAUAAGCCCUGGAGUCAGGGAAUCAGGGUUCAAAUCCCAGAUAAUCUCCAUGAUUUUGGAAAAAUAUAUGAUCUCUGUAUGUAUCACUUUAUUUUAUCUUAUCUCAUUUUGUUUGGAAAAUGCGGGGAGCUAGACUUGAUGAUUGAUCGUAUACCUUUCAGUUUUUUAUCUAAUUUUCUAUUUAAUUCAAUUGUCUUGUGAUGACAGCAUCUAGCAACAUUAAAAAAAAAAAAGAUCUGUCUUCCUUUAAGUGUGGGCUAAAGAUAGAAAGGUAGCUAUAACGUGAUGGUUUAUUGUCUGGGUUUUGAAAAUGAACUGAGUUCAGACCUUAGCUCUGUAACUUAAUAGCUUUGAGAACCUAUUAUUUACCUAUUUAUUACCCUUAUUAGUAAAGUGGCUAUAAUGGAAAUACCUUAUGUCAUGGGGCUGUUGUGAGGAAUACAGGUCUUAAUACAUGGAAAGCUUUGGCAUCGGUAUCUAGCAUAUAGUAAAUUCUCAUAAAUGUUCUUACAAGUAUUCACUAUCUUAUUUGGGAUGUUUAAUAAAUAUUUCAGACUGAGAUUAAAAGGCCAUUUUGAUAAAAAUGACAAAAGUGCUAAAAAUGGAAAGUGAUGAGUUGGACACCUUUUAACAGCCACUUUGGUUUUUAGCCAACGUUCACCAGUGAAUAGAAGAAAAGACACAGUCUGUCUUCCAACAUAUGGGAAACAGUUUUGGAAAAGGUGUGGAACAAAACUAUAAUAAAUGAGGAAAUAAGGCUGGAAAGUCAGUGAUCAGAACAUCCUAGAUGGAGGGCAGAAAGUCCUUGGAAUUUGAGGUGAAGCAUGAAAUGACUAAUGACAGAAGGAUGCUCAUGCAGCAUGUAAGAGUCAAGGGUCAACUCCUCUUUCUCUGCUUCUACAUAAUAUUAUUUAAUAUUAACAGUAAUCUCCUUAAAGCCUGGUUUGGUUUUCCCAAGAGAGUCUAACACAAUCUGGAUUAUUGUACAUUAGGAAGUGGGUGGAUGUAUAGCUUGCUUGUUUGUUUUGGGGGUGCUCGGGGCUGGAAAAUCAAGAUCUUUGCUCAUGAUCAGUGUGCCACCGUGAGCAGGUCUGUGGGCCAAGUGAAGUCAAGUGUGUUGCCAAAGUGGAAAACCAGGACUGUAAUAACAGAAUGGCUGAGAUCAUGGCUGGAAACAGGUUGCCAAGAAAAACAAGCAAGCAACAAGGAGGAGGAGCAACAAGGUUGGAUCCAGGAGGUGGGGGACUUAGGGCAGACAAAUAUAAUUAAGCACGGUGAUUAAGAAUAGGGCUCUGUUAUUUCUCUGCCUGGGAUUCCAAUUUGUAAUCUCACGAGUGUGAGGCAUUUGUGUGAGCUGGGACCUUGUUAAGCCUAGUUUUUCAAAAGUGAUAGUGCUGGCUGACUCAUAAUCCUUGCCACUCAAGGGAUGUUGGCACUGAAGAAAUGCCAGCUCUUCCCCUCCCCCAUUCCCUUUGCCUCACCCCUCUGGUGAGCGAAGGCUGAGCAUAUAUAGGGAUUGGAAAGCAUGACACAGAACAUGUAAUGUGGAUUGUCACUCCUUUGCUUUAUUUGGAAGAACAGAAUAGGACCUGAAACAUGGCGGUGGGUAGGCAUAUACUGAGAAGGGCAUUUGGAAAACAUGCUUGGUGAAAAGUCUGCAACAUCGCAUUCUUUUGUGAUAAUCCAGGAAAAGGAAUAGACGUGAACCUUGUCCUUCUGUGGAGAAGAAAGGAGUCUGGGGAUAAUUCCCUAGGCGGUAGGCAGUAGGGAGCUUUUGGGGGCAAUUUAGGGUAGUUACUCAAUGAAGCCAAGCUACAGUUCAAGGAUAUAUGUGGCCUAUGCUUGGAUGAGCUAAAAGACAAUCUGCUGUAAACGUCUGUUGUAAAUAUCUGUUUGAUGGGAAGAAAGAGGGUGAAGUAGGGUAAUGGUAGUGCAGACGGAAAGAAUGGAGGAAGACAAGAUGUAGUGGUUUGAGGGGCGCCUGGGUGGCUCAGUCGAUUAAGCGCCCAACUUCGGCUCAGGUCAUGAUCUCGUGGUCCAUGAGUUCGAGCCCCGCAUCGGGCUCCGUGCUGACAGCUCAGAGGCUGGAGCCUGUUUCGGAUUCUGUGUCUCCUUCUCUCUCUGACCCUCCCCGGUUCAUGCUCUGUCUCUCUCUGUCUCAAAAAUAAAUAAAUGUCAAAAAAAUUUAAGAAAAAGAAAGAUGUAGUGGUUUGAAGGUUGGACAAAUGGUGUUUAUAUAUGAGCUUCUGUCUAACUUAGUUCUUCGUGAGAAGGAACUUGUUGGUUAGGUGUCUCAGCAAAAUUGAGGAAGGUUAAUUUGUCCUUCUAACUGUUCUAUCUAGGGUCUCUGUCUUACCAUCCCAUUUUUCCUUUUUCUUUCAAAGUUUUCCCUAUGAGAAAGAAUGAACAGAUUCACACAAAUUGGUAAAGGCAUAAUUUGUUAAUAAGGCAUAGUAUAUUCAUUAAAGCUUUCUUUGGGGCCCUUGGCUGGCUCAGUAGGUAGAGCAAGCGACUCUUAAGCUCAAGCCCCAUGUUGGGCAUGGAUCCUAGUUAAAAUUAAAGAAAAGAAAAAAGCUUAUUUUGCUACAAAAGGCACUGCAUCUAAAAUGCUUAGCACAAUGUCUGGCUCAUGGUAAACCUCCAGUAUAUUAGCUAUUACUACUAGUAAUAGUUAGAACAGCAAUAAUGGUCCUUAUAGUCUAAUCAUUAUUAUUGCCUUUUAUGUGAAAAUGAUUUUAGCCUGGCAGGAGAAGUGAUUAUUCUCCAAGCUAGCAUCAUUCUAGGGAGCUCUGAUAGAUAGCUAAUUAAUGGCAGAGGCAACCAUUAAAAUGAUAGAUAUAAAGACAAGGUACCACCAGGUCUAAGAGAAUAUACUUUUUAAAGAUCUAUCUUCUGAUAUCAUUUUAAGAAGCCAAAAAUUCAUGAGAAGAAAAGUUAGGCUGAAUUAUGAUAUAAUUCUCAUUGUAGCUGUGUUAUGGUGGUCUAAUUUAUUUUCCUCUUUUCUUGAUGUCUAAAUUUUUCUGAUUUUUUUUUUUUUGUAAUUGAGUCAUAAGUUGGAUUCUGCCAGUUACCUUGGAUUCUACCCUGAUACCUUCAGUAAGUUAUUUAUCCUUUCUAAACCUGAACUUAAUAAUUUAAAAAUGGAAAUAAUAAUCCUCCCUCAUAAAAUUGUUUUGAGCAGCGGGUAAAGGAAUGCCUAUCAAGACCUUGAGCGUAGUAGCUGAUACAUUAUAAGUGCUCAAGGUAUUUUGUCACAAUAAAUCCUUAAUGAUAGAAGUUAAGACUUAUGACAUAAAAUAACAAACUAUACAGUACAAUUCAGCUAAUUUAUUUAAUUUGUUCAUUAAGGAUUUAUAAAUUUAUUAAUUUGUUUAACAAGUAUAUAUUAGGCAUCUACUAUGUGGGUUAGCAUUGUUUUAGGUGCUGGGAACACAGAAGCGUCAAAAGCAGACAAAAACCCUCACCCUCAUGAUACUUAAAGUCCUAAUAAAUUUAUUUUGUUGUAAGUACAAGAAGGUGGAAAUAAACAAACACGAAGUGUACAAAACCAAGCCAGCGUGUGCUUCCAUGGGAAAUAUAUCUAGGUCUGAGGAGUUUCCUCAGAUCUCAUGAUUUAGGUGUCCGCUUUAGCUGGUCAGCAGAGGAUGAUGUAUGAUAUACAGGCUGGGACGUUUUAAAACAUGUGUCUGGGAUGCUGACAUAUAUCAACUGGGCUGAAAGUCCUUUAAAGAUACUGAAUGCUCCAUGAAUGAAAUGGUUUCUAGGUAAUUUAAAAUCUUUGUGACUCUCUUUCUAAAAUUCUAUUUAAGUAAUGUGUUAUCACUGCAAGGAGAAAAAGGAAAAAAAAAAGACAAUCAAUGAACAGGAACAAAAGAUAAUGAAUCAAAAGUGGCAUGAAUGAGUAAAAGGAGCUCAAAUUGAAUGGAGCAAGACAGCUGCCAAGCCUGAGAAAGGGGGGAGGGGCAGCAAAGAUUUACAUUUAUGAGGAUUUUAAAACAUGUAUCAGAGAAACUAAUUAAAACUACACAUUUUAAUUAGAGUUAAUUACAUUGGGCAGCUGAAUGAAGGACCUGGUGGGGAAAACCCUGCACUCUUUUCUCUCCUAUGAAACACACUAAAGGAUGAUGAAGCAGUGGCAGUUAAUCAGGACAAAGCCCUCUCUGAAUCUCAGAAUUUCAGAACCCAAGGUUUUUAAAUCAACUGUCUAACACCUUCAUUUGACAGAUGGGGACUCCAAGAGCAGGGAAGAACCCAAGGUCACCCACGGUGCCAAUCCGGGGAAGGACUUGUGCCCAAUUUCCCAAAUUAGAACUUUUCCUACCGCACACUAUUGCAGCUGAAAUGGGUGUGUGCCACUCCAGAAACAAACAGAAGAGAUUUUGAAGUCAAUGCCAUUUAGAAACAAAGUUACCAGGUGUAUCUGGAAAUAACUGUUUUGACCAGGGACUCCACAUAAUCAAAAUAGCAGUUGGGCAUUCCUUGCCCUGGUGUGAACAUGAAGUGGUUGCAAAGAAAUGAGGGAAGGAGCAAUGAAGCUGGCUUUUUUUAAACAUUAAUUUUUUUUAUUUUUAAAUCUCUACAUCCAACGUGGGGCUCAGACUAACAACCCCAAGAUCAGGAGUUGUGUGCUGUACCACCUGAGCUAGCCAGGCGCCUCGUGAAGCUGGCUUUGAUUGCAAAAGCUAAUGUGAGAUCCAGUUUGCUUAUAUCCCUAAGGUGACCUAAAUAUUUUCUUCUCUCUGUGCCCUGUGAAGGACCUUUUGUGCUGAAUUGCAUGACUGUUUAACAAAGUAAUUUAUUUUCUCUGUUUUGGUGUAAAGAAAAACUAAUUAUUUUGGCAGUGAAAUAUCCGUGGAAUUCAAUGGAAAGAAAGGAAGGUGUUUUUAAUAAAUGGCAUUCAAACUACUAGAUGUCCAAUGGAAAAAGAAGUGAACAUUGAUACCUACCUCACAGUGUAUAUAAAAGUUAAUAUGAGAUAGAUCAUAGAUCUGAAUGUGAGGGCUGAGGGAAAACAUUGGACUGUGGUUUUGAAACAUUGCAGGAAAACUUCGGAGGAUGUCUUUGUGACCUUAGUGUAGGUGAAGAUAUUAAGCAUUAAGCAACAACAACAACAACAACAACAAAGAAAUGAUAAAUUGGGCUUUAUCAAAGUUAAAAACUACUCAUCACAAAGCACCAGUAAAAGAGGGAGCAAAUAGAUGCGAGAUAAAUAUUCAUAAUAUAAUUCAUAAUACAUGUAUAUUACAUAAUACAUGACAAAGCUCUCAUAUCCUUAAAAAAUAUACAAUUCUGAUGGAUCAGUGAGAAAAAGACAUCUUCCCUACACCUAUAGCUGAGUACUUGAAUAGACACUUAAAAAAGAAGAUAUCCAAAUGGCCCAUAAGCAUGUGAAGAAAAUGUUUGAUACCAUUACUCACAAGAAAGUGCAAAUUAAAACCACAAUAUCGGUUCAGUGGGAUCCCAGCAGCAGCUGCAGCGGCUCUUGUCUUUUCUGACUGUCCUUGCUAUCUCCCUUUCGCGUCCGGAAACAUGGCCCCUGGUGUGGCAGUCUCUGAUCGCGUCAUCAAAGUCUUUGAUGACAUGAAGGUUCAUCAUUCCUCAACACCAGAGGAGGUGAAGAAGCGCAAGAAGGUGGUACUCUUCUGCCUGAGCAAGGACAAGAAGAACAUCAUCCUGGAGGAGGGCCAGGAGAUCCUGGCGAGUGAUGUGGGCCAGACCGUAGACGACCCCUAUGCCACCUGUGUCAAGUUGCUGCCAGACAAGGACUGCCGCUAUGCCCUCUGUGAUGCCCCCUACAAGACCAAGGAGAGCAAGAAGGAGGACCUGGUGUUUAUCUUCCGGGCACCUGAAUGUGCACCCCUUAAGAGCAAAGUGAUUUAUGCCAGCUCCAAGGACGCCAUCAAGAAGAAGCUGACAGGGAUCAAGCGUGAAUUACAAGCAAACUGCUACGAGGAGGUCAAGGACCAGUGCACCCUGGCCGAGAAACUGGGGGGCAGCGCCUCAUCUCCUUUGUGAGCCCCUUCCAGCCCCCUGCCUGGAGCAUCUGGCAGCCCCAGACCUGCCCGUGGGGGUUGCAGGCUGCCCCCUUCCUGCCAGACCGUAGGGGCUGGGGGGAUCCCAACAGGGGGAGGGCGAUCCCUUCACCCCAGUUGCCAAACAGUCACCUCACCCCCUGGACCUUCCUCCUUCCUCCAUCCCUGACGGUUCUGGCCUUUCCAAACAGUUCUGAUUCCUCUUGGGUUGAAGCCAACCAAGUUCCCCCCAGGCACCCCAGUUUAGGGGGGGCUGUAUUUUUUUUUAACGAUACCCCAUUCCCCACCUGUUCCUCCUUUUUCCUGUGCUGCCAACUUCUAACUGCAAUAGUGACUCUGUGCUUGUCAGUUUAGUUCUGUGUAUAAAUGGAAUGUUGUGGAGAUGACUCCUUGCACUGCUGGUUCACCUCCCUUUGCCCCUAAUCUUCGCCACUCAUGGAGGCAGGACCAGUAAGGGACCUUCAAUUAAAAAACAAAAACCACAUACACACACACACACACACACACACACACACACACACGCACACAGUAUCACUGCACUUGAAUCAGAAUGGCAAAAAAUUAAAAUUUUUUCAAUGUUUAUUUAUUUUUGAGAGAGAGACAGAGACAGAGCACGAGUGGCAGAGGAGCAGAGAGGGAGACACAGAAUCCGAAGCAGGCUCCAGGCUCUGAGCUGUCAGCACAGAACCAGACGUGGGGCUGGAACUCAUGAACCAUGAGAUCCUGACCUGAGCCAAAGUUGGACACUUAACUGACUGAGCCACCCAGGUGCCCCACGAAUGGCGAAAAAUUAAAAACAAAACAAAAGCAAAAGCUAACGAUACCAAAUGUUGGGGCAAGUGAAACUCUUACGUAUUGCUCUUGAAACUGUACAAUAGCUCUAAUAUUUUGGAAAACUUUCUAAUAAAGUUAAAUGUGCACUCACCUAAUAACCUAGCCAUGCCACUCCUAGAUAAAAAGUAAAAAGCUGAUGUGUUCAUAAAAAGACUUGUACAAAAUGUACACAGUAGCUUUAAUUGUAACAAUCCUAAGAUGAAAACAACCUACAUAUUUAGCAACAAGAGAAUGCAUAGAUAAUGACAACAGGUUACUGUGAAGUAACAAAAAAGAAAAAACACAAUGUGGUCAACUAUCAGACAUGAUUUUGAACAAAAUAGGUCAUACACAAGAGUCCCUACUGUAUGGUUAUGUGUUUUGAAUUUCAAGAACAGACAAAAUUAAUCUAUGUUGAUAGAAAUUAGCAUAGUGACUACUUCUGGAUGAUUUAGUAGUAGCCACAUUGAGGGGAAUAGGCAGGAGGGGACUUUCUAGAAGAUGGACAUGGUAUAGAUCUUGAUCUGGGUAGUGGUCAUGUGGUGUAUAUAAAGAGCAGCACAAGAGCAGGAUGUAGAACAGGUUUUACAUUAGACUGUAUGUAAAUUAUACCUCAAUUAAAAAAAAA